UUCAUUUCCCAAGCACGAGCCUGUCAACGUCUAGACCAUAAGACCAGCGACUAUUUGCUUGGUCUCUUCGAUUUAACAUAUUGCUAGAUUUUUGAGUGUCUGAUUCUUGAAUCUCCAGCCAUCGCCCUUGUCCCUAAACCCAGAACCAAACAAUACCCCUCCAGCCCCGCCGGCGGCAGAAUUGAAGCAGCAUGGGCCGCGAAGACCAGAUCGAAGAGCGCGAAGUGCUCGACUCCAUUUUUCCUGAGGAAAUCACAGAUAUUUCUGACACCUCAUACCGGAUAUCAAUUGCUCUCGACGCACCCGAAAAUGAGGUCGAAGAAACAGAGCAGCCUGUCUUGCUUCUGCAAGUCACAUACCCAGCAGACUACCCGGAUGUUGCACCGGAACUAGAGUUGAGUGCGCCUCCGAACGCACCGAAACACCCCCGACUAGACAUCAGUGAAGACCGGGACCGGCUUCUCGAAGCCUUGCAACCGACCAUUGAGGAGAACAUGGGAAUGGCUAUGGUAUUUACACUGGUUAGUGCUUUGAAGGAGAGCGCCGAAGAGCUCAUGGCGGAGCGCGUGAAUGCCGUUCACGCCGAAAAAGAGAUGGAGGCGAAGAAGGCGGAAGAGGAGGAGAACCGGAAGUUCCAGGGCACUGCUGUCAAUCGGGAGACGUUUUUGGAGUGGCGCGACAAGUUCAUAAAGGAGAUGGAGGAGGAAGAGAAGAGGAAGCGCGAGGAGAAGGAGGCGGAGGAGAAGAAGGCUACAAAGAAGGGUCCGGCAAAGGAAGAAAAGAAGUUGACGGGCAAGCAGCUGUGGGAGAGAGGUCUUGCUGGAAGGGCAGACUUUGAUGAAGAUGAGGAGGAUGGUAUUCCGGCUGCUGUAGAGAAUAUGAAGAUAGCUGCUUAGAAGCUGGGGUCUCUAGAUGAGAUCUCUGGCGAGAAUUCAGUCCCGUGCUUGAUGGGGAUCGAGCCACUAGAAGUUGGCAUUCUUUGGAAUUACUAUAUUGUAAAUAAUCCCGGCUGUAUGACAAGGACGC